AUGGAUGAAAUAGAGCUAACAAUAAGAGUGCUUAGUGAUUGUUGUGAUAAAAUUACGCGUGAUGCCUGCAAAAAUUAUAAUGAAGACCUGGAAAAGCAAAUUCAGAAAAAUUCAAAACCAUUUUGGAUCUUCCUAAAGAGCAUUAGUGAAAAUCUUGCAGGUAUAGAAAUAAAUCAGAAUGAUAUCUUCAAAAAGCUGAAAGGUCUCGAUAUAGCAAAAGGUGCGGGACCGAACAAUAUACCACCGGCAUUCAUAAAAAACAGCGCAACAUGCCUGAUUUUGCCUUUAUAUCUUAUCUUUAAAGCCUCGCUAAGUUCGGAUACUUUUCCAGCUUUUUGGAAACAAGAGUGGUUAGAAUCACAAGGCAUAGAAUUGUCUAAAGAAGAAGAAUUACCAGAAGAUCCAUUUACUCAGAAAGAGCGAUGGAAAUCAAUAAAGCCUCCAAAAAGAACCAAAUCUCAUGAUGAUCCAUUACUUCGGUUUUUAGAGUACGAAGGGAAAAUAUUGACAUUCAAUGUAGUUUGGGAUAACCGUGACGCCGAAUACGGGGAACUAACCGAGUAUAAGAUGUUCUACUUCCUGCAAGACGAUACGAUCGCUAUUAAGGAAUUGCACGAUAGUAGAGGUGGCAAGGACCCCUUUCCGCUUCUUCUCAAGAAAAGAAAACUGCCGAAAAAGUGGAAAGAAAGACCAGUAUCAUUUCCGUCAAUUGCUAUGGAAACAACAGAGGAGGAAAUAACCGAGUUUUAUGCGCCAAGGGACCUGAUUGUGGGUCAGACGGUGUUCGUGCUGGGACGCCGCUUCCUGAUAUUCGACUGCGACAAGUUUACUCGGAAAUAUUAUAAGAUGAUGCUGAACAUUGAUCAACCACCUCGAAUUGAAGUUCACCACGAGACCAAAAAAGAUUUUCCUAAGAGUAUUCCUCCCCACAUCGGUAUUGGCGCACCAGAGGACACGUUGCAAUCCUGUUACGGAUUGAUACCUAAACCACCCCACAAGGACAUCAUUAAAUACAACCUGAAUGCUAAUAAGUAUCUCCGCUACCUCUGUGAACUAGACUGGAUUCAUCCAGAAGAUAAAGGACGUCAAUUCGUUCUCUCAUACAGCCUCGCCGACGGUAAUGUGAAAAUUGGUGAAAUACCACGACGUAAUUCGGGUAUACGCGAAGGACAAUUCUUAAAGGCCAUGCGGCUGCAAACGCCGGAAUCCGAUCCUAAUUUCCCUACCUAUUACACUCCCGAUAGAUUCUAUAUUGGAGCAAUAAUCCCCGUAUUCAAACAUCGAUUCAAGAUAGUUGGAUGUGAUUUAUUUGUUUAUCGCUACAUGAGUGCAAAUCCAGAAAAAUUUCCACAAGAGGUUAUCAAUAAUGUUCGCAAUUAUCACAUGAGAGAAGGUAACUUGAAGGAUGAGUUGGAGGAAGCGUUUAGAGAAGAACAAGCUGCAGAUACAAGAGCCCAAUUGGCUAAGAUUGGUCAAGCGGCUGUGGCGGAACCGAGCGCUAUGGAGCAUUGCUUGACAGCUCUAGACGUGGUUGAAGGCAGCGCCUCACCGCCCAGACCGGCCACACCGCCUUUGACCACUGAUCGCAUUUCUUACGAUGACACACUACGUGCUGUUAGAUUAAGUAAGCCAACAUGCGACAACGUAAUACCGUUGAAAGGUAUACUAAAGUCGAGUGCUGCCCGCGACGAUCACCAGAAGAUAGUUUGCUUCAGCGGACCAGCAGUCACUGAUAGAACCGGCACGAGCAAGCAAGCGACCUAUCCCCCGGGACAACAACCACAUUUCAACGAAGAUGUAGACUUCUGCGAUAGAUACAAAGAUGCGAAUGCCAAAGAGAGAUCUGAGCGUCGUGCUAGAGAUCAAUGUGCGUAUGACCUCGUCCCAAAUAAGCAGGCUCAGAACGCUAUGGGGGAUGAAGUCAUUGAAAAAGAGAAACUUGCGGGUUAUCUCGGAACUUAUGACAUCGAUUGUAAAAAGGUACCCGAACACAUGCGUUUACAGCCGGAUGCCUACGACAAAAUAAAGGAAUUUCGACGAGAUAUUCCACAGGUUUCCCCCGCAGCAGUUCGCAUUGCUGACUACCCUCGAGAACCCAUGCCGCCUGUAGAAACUUGUGUGAAGCCACUCGAGCCCUUAGGGCCUUGUGAGAGAAGAGAAGAAGACGUGUCCUUCUCUUGCCCUCACGUUGAAUCACGGCUACCAUGCUGUGAUCCUGACAAGCGUGUCGAG